GCUUUAACUUACGAUAUGGGUGUGCACGGUUUGUGGCAGCUCUUGGAGUCCGCUGGACAAUCUACUACUUUAGAGUCUCUCGAAGGCAAAGUACUUGCUGUUGACAUCAGCCUUUGGCUGCAUCAGUUUGUGCACGGAAUGGUGGGCAGUGAUGGUACACCUGUGAAUAAUGGUCAUCUGAUCGGUCUUUUCAAUCGCAUUUGUAAGCUGCUAUUCUUUCGUAUUAAGCCUGUUUUUGUGUUCGACGGUGGAGUUCCAGCCUUGAAGCAACAGACAAUGGCACUACGACGAUUACGACGAGGUGAUUCUUACAGAGGGAAACAACGAGUUCAAGAGAAGUUGUUGAUGAAUUACGUAAGAAGUAAAGCAUUGGAGACAGCCAGUGGAAGUGACAGGAAAAAGAAAACUAAUGUGUCAUUGACAUCAAAAAGACCAUCAAAGGGAAAAGAUGUGUUUGAAUUGCCUUCCCUUCCGUCGGUUGAGCAAGAUCCAUUAAGAUCAAAUAAUAAUGAUUCUGAUGAAGGGGUGAUGGCUGUGGAUCCAAAUGAAUUAAUGAAUGAGCUACCUUUGCAAGACUUGAACAGGAUUGAUGUCAAUUCUUCUUCCUUCAAAGCACUUCCAUUGGAGAUACAACAUGAACUGAUCAUUGCCAUUCAGAACAACUACAAAGUUAAUCGUUGGAACCAACACUUACAAAUGCCUCAGGAAUCAGACAACUUUUCUGACUUUCAACUGGACAGGUUGCUGUAUCGUGGGAAGUUAACACAGCAGCUUGAAGCAGUGAGAAAGUUGAUGAACUCUUGUCAGUCAAGAGUUUCAUCUAGUUUGGUGUUUGCUAACAGUAGACAAGGGGAUGAGGAAAUCAUCAGCAAACGUGUUGUAUCUGAAGAUUUAGCUCAUUUUAUUCUUGUCAAAGGAAGUGGAAUGUCAAGUAGAGAAGAGUCACAAGAGUCACAACCUGAAUCCGAGUCUGAUCGAGCAUUUGAAUUGGUGCAAAAGGAAGAAACAAAUGAUUCAAUUACAGUUUUAAACUCAGUCGCAGAAGAUGAUAGAAAUAAUAUAGAAACUGUGGCCAAAAGAAAAUUAGACUUUCAAACAAAAAGUAACCAAAGGACAGACAGUCUGCAACAAGAGAGACCUCUAUUGCACCAGGAGCCUGUAAGUCAAUGCAUAGAAAACACAGAACUUGACAACUCUCGGCUAUGUAAUGUAGAAAUUGGAACAGAGAGGCAAAUAUCAGUAACAUCCGAAUUAUCUGCACAGAGUGCAACUGUCUCAAUGGAAUUCAUUUCUGCUGUGGAAACUGAUAGGCAAGAGACAUCCUCUGUUACCAGCAGACACGGUAGUGGUGAAGCGCAUGUUGUCACAGCCAGAGAACAUCAACAGCUUCAUGUGGUGACUAAAGAUGGAGAGAACACACAAUCACGUCAUAGUGAUGCUUCAACAAGUAGUGAUGAGUUUAUUGAUGUUCCUAGUGACAUCAAUGAUGAUGAAGCAAAACAUAACACAACUGAGGAACGAGUAGUCAUGGCUAGCAACUUAUUUCCUCUCUCAGUGUUUCAAAAUAAGGUUGAUGUUGCUGAAGGAAAUACAGGGGACAUUGAAAAGGGUGACACUUGUAUGAAGAGGGACACAAACGUUGUGGACAACAGUUUGACAUCCAAUAGUGUCGCUGUCAAGGCUGGUUUAGGACAGCCAGCAAGUUGUAGUGAGCAGAUGGCUGACAGAAAAGAUGACUUGUUUAGUGAUCAGGACCAUGAGUGCCAUGACAGCAGAGUUACAGACAUUCAGGAUGUUGCAACAGAGAUUGAUCUAGCAAACGAUAUUGAUGCCAUGGAAGACUGCUUGGCAGUUGAACAAACGUUACUACAAAAGGAGAAAGCUCAGUAUGAACGGCAUGCUGCUGAAGUAACCAAUCAAAUGUAUGCAGAUGGCAUGGAGCUGCUUCGUUUGUUUGGUGUUCCCUACAUACAAGCUCCCAUGGAAGCUGAAGCUCAGUGUGCAUGGCUGGAUGAGACUGAACAAACAGAGGGAACAAUAACAGACGACAGUGACAUUUUUCUGGUUGGUGGGAAACGAGUGUUCAAGAACUUGUUUAAUCAGAACAAAUAUGCUGAAGUUUACAGAACUGAAGACAUCUAUUCUGUUCUUGGUUUAGAUCGACAAAAGAUGAUUGAUCUUGCUUUUCUUCUUGGGAGUGAUUAUACACCUGGCAUACAAGGUGUUGGCACGGUGGCUGCUAUGGAAAUACUAAGCUAUUUUAGUGGUACUGAUGAUUGGUUAGUUAAUUUCAAGGAAUGGUGGGAGAAAGCCAAUGCUGGUCAUGGUAUUGCAACUAAAGAAUCAAGACUAGAGAAACUUAUGCGAAUGCUAGAUCUCCCUCGGUCAUUUCCUGACCCUGCAGUUCGACGGGCAUACGUAGCUCCAACAGUUGAUGAGUCAAGGGAACCCUUUCAAUGGGCAAUGCCUGAUCUUGAUAGCCUUAGAGACUUUGCAGCAAAUUCAUUCAACUGGACCAAGAAACAAGUUGAUCAAUUGCUUCUUCCGGUCAUGCAGCAACUGAACAAAAUGGAGAUUCAGCCAAGCAUUACUUGUUAUUUUUCUCGUCUUUCUCCUAAAAAAGGGAAAAUCAAAAGCAAGCGUCUUCAACAAGCAAUUGCCAAAAUAGCUCCAUCUUCUCAGUCAAGUAGUGAUUCCAGUGACUUUGAAAUUGCUGCUAAGAAAUCAGCAGGUCUUUCGCAAGACGGCAAACAGGACAGAACAUUGCCUGAGUCAUUGGGAGCAAGUGCUAAUGGUAGGACUAGUGCUAGAAUCAAUUUAAGUCGCAUGACCAGAGGAAGAGGGAAACGUGGAUCUGGUGCAAACAAACGGCAAACAACAACAAGACCAUCAAAGCGAUCUAACCCAGAUAAAAGCACAACUACUAGACGAGGAGAUAAGAAAAGCAGAGCACAUGGAAAGAAGGGAGCAGAUGCAGAUUGAACACUACAAUAUAAUGUGGAGAACGAGCUUGCAGCAUGAGGUACUAACUGCAUGGGUUUAGCUGGACAUAGCUGGAAUGUAUCCAUAGGCUACAUGUCUACUAUGCAACUGUAACCUCUUCCUCUUUCCAAAUGGAAAUGCAAAUUUCAGUACUACUGAACUCAGGGACUGUCCAAAAAUAAGAGUUCAAUAGUUGGCUUUGAAACAGA